AUGCUGGCCCUUCGGCUGCUCAACGUGGUGGCUCCCGCCUACUUCCUGUGCAUCUCCCUGGUGACCUUGGCCCUGCAGCUCUUCCUCUUCCUGCCCAGCAUGCGCGAAGACCCCGCGGCCACCCCGCUCUUCUCGCCGGCCCUGCUCCAUGGGGCGCUCUUCCUCUUCCUCUCCACCAACGCGCUGGGCAAUUAUGUCCUGGUCAUCCAGAACUCCCCGGAUGAUCUGGGAGCCUGCCAGGGCACGCCGGCCAGGAGGACCCCGUGCCCCCCGCCCAGCACCCACUUCUGUCGGGUCUGUGCCCGAGUCACUCUGAGGCACGACCACCAUUGCUUCUUCACGGGCAACUGCAUCGGCAGCCGCAACAUGCGCAACUUCGUCCUCUUCUGCCUUUACACCUCCCUCGCCUGCCUCUACUCCAUGGUGGCGGGCGUGGCCUACAUCUCCGCUGUCCUGUCCGUCUCCUUCGCCCACCCCCUGGCCUUCCUCACACUCCUGCCCACGUCCAUCAGCCAGUUCUUCGCGGGAGCUGUCCUCGGUUCGGAAAUGUUCGUCAUCCUCAUGCUCUACCUCUGGUUUGCCAUCGGCCUGGCCUGUGCUGGCUUCUGCUGCCACCAGCUGCUGCUGAUCCUCCGCGGGCAGACCCGCCACCAGCUGCGGAAGGGGGUGGCAGUGAGGGCGCGGCCCUGGCGCAAGAACUUACAGGAGGUCUUUGGGAAACGGUGGCUGCUAGGCCUCCUGGUUCCCAUGUUCAAUGUUGGCAGUGAGAGCACUAAGCAACGGGACAAAUAG